AUGGGGCUGGCGGGCUUAAAGCCCAACAUCGUCUGUUUCCAAUACCCAGAGGCAUGGCAGCAGCAAGAAUCGAGUCACAUCUCCGCAACGUUUGUGAGCCUGAUCAACGACAGCAACACGGCGGGCAAGGCGUGUGUGAUUGUAAAGGGGCUGGACGAGUGGCCGGCAGAGGGGUGCGGGCAAUACGGCACCAUCGACCUGUUUUGGAUUGUGAGGGAUGGGGGCAUCAUGCUGCUGCUGUCCCAGCUGCUGCGGUCUCGACCCACCUUCGAUGCUUGCAAGAUUCAGGGGUGCCGGCAGUACGGCACGAUCAACCUGUUCUGGAUCGUGAGGGAUGGAGGCAUCAUGCUGUUGCUGUCGCAGCUCCUGCGCUCCCGACCCACCUUCGACGCAUGCAAGAUCCAGGUGAACCGCCCUAAGGGACCGGCAGAGGGGUGCCGGCAGUACGGCACCAUCGACCUGUUUUGGAUUGUGAGGGAUGGGGGCAUCAUGCUGCUGCUGUCCCAGCUGCUGCGGUCUCGACCCACCUUCGAUGCUUGCAAGAUUCAGGUUGCUGAUUCCUCCUCGCUAUCCGGUCAUCUAUCACAGUUGCUGCUGUCCCAGCUGCUCAGGUCCCGACUCACCUUUGACGCAUGCAAGAUCCAGGUGUUUUGCAUUGCAGAGGACAAUGGGACAGCAGAGACAUUGCUGCUAGACGCGGCCCAGUUGAUAGUUGACGUGCUUCGAAUCCCCCUCACACACGCGCACACUCACUCGAAUCCUUGCUUUCAUCCCGCCCGCCUCCUUCCCUUGCUUCAGGUGUUUUGCAUUGCAGAGGACGAUGGGACAGCUGAGACGUUGCAACUAGACGUGGCCCAGUUCCUGCACGACCUGCGCAUGCAGGUGAGCUCAGAGCGGUCCAAAGCGGCUCAGAGUGGUGGUGGGGCGAGUCUUGGAGCGGAUGUGGUGGUGGUGACGAUGGGAGCAUGCGAGGACGUGGUGGGGGAGGAGGAUGGAUUAGAGGAGGCUGAGCUGAGCUUCUUGAUGUGCCACUGA